CACUGUCACUGUCACUAGGUCAAAGCGACCCAACCUUCCAUGAUCGUCUGAUUAUGACGUCAUAAGUGGCGGGUCGCUGGGCACCAGACUACAAGCUGCGACCUCACAUCUUCCAGCGAUGUAUCCGGGAUGUCGGUUUCCAGACUGGGCGUUCAGGGAGAGCCGCUAAGAAGGAGGACCAAAUCAGACAUCGGCGUUCAGAGACCAAAAUCCCAGUACCUACAGUUCCGAAGGAACGCACUUCAUCCCACUGAUUCCAACAGUUGUCAGUCCAGCGAUUCUGAACUCGACGCAGCGCACGGGCCUCCCUCCAAGUUCCAGCUCCGAAGACUGAGUUCGGCGCCUGGACUCGCGACCGGGCGGCUAGAGAGCGGCACUAACCAGAUCCGUAGCACACGGCAACUUACAGGUAUCAGAGCUUCCAACACUAAGUCCUCAAAAAACCCGAACGCUACUUUCGCAGUGCAUGACAUUGCCGAGGAAGAGGAAGACACUGAAGGUCAAAGAGCUGACUCAAACAACAACAUGAGUUCGAUGGAGGACGGCCCCACCAUCGUGUUGAACGAUGCCGAGGAGGCUGUGGUCACAGCUGGUGCUGACGUCACCGGUGGACCACAGAACGAAGAGUGUAGAAAGGUGUCCUUUGGGCACACACCGGAAGACUGCAAGUCCAAUCCAAAGCAAACAAAGUCUCCCCCGCCCGACAGUACUAACAACAACAACAACAGCAUCAGUAUGGACAGCGCCGGUGAGACCAAAAAUUUACGGAUAAAGUCCCCAAGUGAAGACCGGCGCAGAAGCACGUCCACUGAGAUCACGAUGGAGCAAAGAGAAGCGUUCAGGGAAGUUUUCGACCUGUUUGACCGCACGGGAGGGGGCACGUUUGACGCCGAGGAGCUGGAUGAAGCUCUCCGGUCCGUCAACAUCUGUCUGGACAAGGACGAACUCGUGGACGUUAUCUAUGGGCUAGACAAAGACGGAAAUGGCGAGAUUGACUUCGACGAGUUUCUGGCCCUGAUGACGAACACUGAGCGCUUCCUGGAGAGUCUAGCGGACGAGCACCAGGGAGUAGAUGGCGGGAGCAGCCAGAUUCUGGAGGAGAGGAGGCAGCGGAAAGAGCGAGAGGGUCUGCUGUUCCAGGCGCUCACGCAGUUCAUGAAGAAGUCGGCCAUCAUCGGUAUAGGGGAGAUUGUGGGGUAUUUCCGUACGAAGUACAACAAGGCGCCGCACGUGGUGCAGCACUACGCCGCCGGAGCCAGGCUCAUCGGACUCACGGAGAAGCAACUGCACAUGCGCCUGGAGGACCUUCACGCUAGCUCCAAAGAACAAGACUCGGCCAGCCCCUACGCACAGCCCCUGAACUACAAGUUCUGGUGGCCCACCCUGGAGAAGAAGAGAAAGAAAACGAAAGAAAAGCGCAGCCACAGGAGAAUCCAUCUCGUCAAGUUCAUCAAAGACGAAAAUCACCACAACGGGCAGGGCAGGAAAGAACUGGCUCAAACCAAGUCGCUGAGCGACCGGCGGCGAGGUAAGGUGGGUUGGCAGAGCCCGCGGGUCCGACACACCGAGCUGAAGCUGCCCAUGAUGGCGCUGGUCAAACAACAGGAGGACAAGCUCAAGCGGGACCAGCACCUCACCUUCGACGACUUGCCGCUUCUAAGGAAAAACGUCACCAAUGCCACGAAGAGCUACUACAACAUGCUGUGGUACGCUCGCACCAAGGAGUCUAAACGUCACUGGGAGAUUCUCGACACAAACAGCAUUCAGUCAAAGGUCCUUCGAGAUCAGUUCGCAAAAACGUACGAGAUCUACUCUUCUCCUGAGUACUCCCGCCUGACGACGGGCAUCAGCACCCACCACAUGUCCACGCACAGGAGGCGGGGCGACAGUAGGGCGUGGAGCGAGGACACCGAGAGUGAAAGAAAAGCCAGCAGUAUAGUCUACGCUUCGAGGAGGGAUAGCAACUUCCUAGGCACGUCAAGAGAGCGCGCUCUGAAGCCGAAGGGUAGUACAGCUUCGAGUGAAACGGCGAACCUCCCGCCAGUGACGGAAGACCGUCGGCUCAGCGAGGGCGUCGACGGAGGCUCUGGGCGUAGUGCUGGUACCUCGGAAAGCCGUCGGAAGAGCUCGGAUAUGUCCGGUGGUAGUCGGCUUUCCGGUACCACCCCAGGCACCGACCGGCGGCUGAGCGCAGUUCGGAAGGAAACUGGCGGAAUUUUACCAACUCUAGCCGAGGACAGGUGAACUGGUGCAAGCCGUUCAUUGUAGCCUCAUAAUAACCAACAGCUUGCUUGUGACACAGAUUUGUGGAGAAUCAGUGUAAUAAGAUGUACACCGAUCUCCAUAUUUAAAAGAAACCAUCAGCUUCGGCAUAUUUGCACGUUUCUUUUCAACCAUGGAAGGAACACAAAUAGAUUACAAGCUUUGUAAUGUGAUAUUAUUGUAAGUAUCAUGAAAAAUGUGAAAUAGGUACUAAAACAGCCAUAAACUACAAAAAUCACACGUUUUGCAACAUUUUUAUUUCUCCUUUUUCACACCACCUACGUCUGUAUGUUAUACACUGUUUAGAAAAAAAGAAACCUUUAAAUAAAGCCAAAGUCACAUGUAU